ACUAAUGUAUAUAUGUACGUACAUACAUACAUCCCAGAAACUGAAUAGUCAUCAUAUAGAUACUCAUACAAGAUAUCUAUAUAUAUUAGACGUGGUACCGCGAUAACGGAAUAAUUCGUAGGAUAUAGACAAGGUACGUUAACCUGUUAGGAUGCCUGUGAAAACGCACUAUCCCUCGUUAAUUGGGGCAAUCAUUUUACCAAAUGUAGGCGGAUGGAUCGGUGGCUUCGUUACCCGAAGGAACAUAAAUCCAUGGUAUCAGUCGCUAAACAGGCCAUCAUGGACGCCACCUAAUUGGGCAUUUGCUCCAAUUUGGACAACUCUUUAUUGUACAAUGGGAUAUGCUUCCUAUCGUGUAUGGAUAAACGGCGGUGGCUUUAAAAAUGCAGCAUUACCACUGUCCUUGUACGGUAUUAAUUUAAUCCUGAACUGGGCGUGGACUCCUCUCUUCUUUGGAUUGCACAACCUAAAACUGGCGCUGUAUGAGAUUAUAGUACUUUGGGGAUCGACUGCUGCUGUGGGUGUAACUUUUUUUAGAGUGGAUCGUACAGCGGGCUAUUUGAUAAUUCCAUAUUUUGUGUGGACCACUAUUGCAACAGCUUUGAACUACGUCAUCUACAGGGACAAUUAGAGCGUAAAGCUUGGUCCAGCCGGAAAACGAUCUAUUCAAUUAAAGAGGUAGUAACACGUCUACUCUUGACACCUGAGGUGUUCUAAUAAAUAUUGUCAAUUUUUACGGUUAAUAUAUGUAUAUGUGACUUUAUUCAAUGAUAUGAAAUAAACAUUGGUUAAUCAA